ACGCGUGUCACGUCGCCUGUGUCAGUCAUAACUGGCAGUGGGGUAUCAGUUUCAGUGGUCUUGCCCUUGUGUCCGUGGUGCGCGGAAGGACUGAACAACAUCAGCUGCACUGAAACUCCGUCAUCAUCCGCGGCGUUCGACAGCGGCGUAGUACGGCUGACUCGAAAUAAGAACACGAGCUAGAUUGUGACAAUUAACGUUAUCCAAAUCGUCUAUACUAAAUCAGCACCUGAAAACGAGUAAUGUAGAAACCCUAAAACGAGUAACGGCAGAGAUAUUGAAAUCAUAUAGAUGAGAAGAGUCCGAAACAAAUGAGAGCGAACAGCAACUCUGAGGCUCGUAUUUUUGUUCUGUAAACGGUAAACGUUUAGUAAAAAGUUUCCAGUCGAACUAGCGUCACGAAUAUCGCUGAACUUGAACGGAAAUUCUAGCUCGGACAAGACGCAUGAACGUAUGUGGUCAUAUGCGGCCGUAUGUGAAGGAUAAAGACGCCGUUCGUAUACGAACUUGUAGUUGGGUGUAAGGUAUCUAGGGUAGUCGCGGCUGAGAGACCGAACGUUGACAACAACGAAUCCGAAAAUGUUCCGAAAGAAGCCCUGCAAGUACAGACCGACUUUGGAUGAGGAGGAGCCUAUGUUUGGAAUGGGGGCAACUUUCGAGGCUGACGGCCCCGAUCCCGAUGACGAAGGAGCACCACUGGGGGGCAGGAGAGAGAAAAGCCCUCCUAAGGAUGUUCACGGCCCGACAUGGAAGCAUGCAUGGCGACGAAUGGGUGACAAGGUUUCUUCGUAUGUGACCAAUGCUAUGACUUCGUCUACUGGAGCUCAUGGAGAGUAUGGCGGAACGAUCGCAACGCGAACAUCGGUUAGCACGAGGCUUGCAGAAAGCGAUCCGGAAACUGUAAAAGCCGUCUGAACUCUACACGAAAGACCAAUACAGCUCCGUUAAGACAUAACUGCUGGCACGUAUAGAAUUCCACUGUUUGGCGCCUCUAUCGCACGCCGCUAAGAAUCAAUCAAAGGAACAAGAGCAAUAUUGUCGACAGACUAAAGUAGAAACGUUUAGAAGUGAAAUAAUUAAAUGAUUCUAUUUUUAAAGCCAUCACUGUGAUCAGCCAUUAGUCCCGUCGGUUUUUUUCGGACACGCAAAUAAUAUAAGUUGCAUCGACGGUCUAUUCUCGCGCCUUUACCUUUGUUAUUUCUGGACGAUAAUGUACUUCGAAGGCAACGGCUAUACACGACAUUUGGUAUUCAUCACGUUUUAUCUAAACGUGUUUAAUAUCGUACCGCUGAAUUUUGUUGAUCGGUAUCCAUUGACGGUUAUUGAAGGACUAAGUUGAUUAAGUUUCUCUAUAACGUUCUUUUUCGAAACAAAAUCAGAUUAGUUACUAUGUAUACUAGAUACACCAUUGAACAAUGAUCUAUUUCGAGCAGAAACGGCCGGCGUAGGCAUGAAAAUCCUGAGUGCAUACUGUUUGGUGAACUGUUUUACUGGACUAUAGGAAUACGACAGCCUUAUAAGCGUACCUGGUAAAUCUGUCUAUAAUCUGCUUAACGUUAGGUGUGAUUAUAACAAACAGAUUCAGCUGACCUCAAGGCAGACUGCCCCAUCGUAGUUACAUUCCUGUAGCCAAGAAAUUUACAUCAGUCCCGAACGUUAGCAGCAGAUCUGAAACUCCUCUUAAACAGCUCAAAUAUAAGGCUGCGAUCUUGUGGUCGAUCCGUGAAGUCUGCAUAGAGGCGUCGAGGUAGGGAACGGUAAUGGCAAAAAAAGCGAUCCAGUCGAUUCGAAGUUACCAAAUGCAAGUAACUUAAAAAAAAUAAAAAGAAAAAAAUAGGUUGCUUGUAAUCAAUCUGGAAAGGGUCAAGUGAACAGACAACAAGAAAGUGUACCUUUGCAUAGCUUUCAAUGUACAGCAGAAAGUGUUGUUUUCAUAAUAUUCUAUAAUUAUUAAUCUAGGCGAUGAUCCGCUUUCGCACUCUAUGAAUAAAAUCCCGACUUUUUUGCGGGAAGGCCGUCGAGAAAUACCUGUGUUAUCCACGCGGGCAAAAAAGUUACAAUGUGACGAGUUUGCCUUUGUAGUCAUUCAAAAGCAAACAAAGGUUUCUUAUCGCGCAUUCGUCGUAGUCAUUGCAGUGAAUUAUGGUUAAGCCGAUAGCACUACAUUAAUGGUAGAGUAUAAGUGAUCUGACGAACACACAACCGAUAAUGCAAGGCCUGGAGCUGUUACAGAACAAAAAAACAUGGUGGCUCUCGAUAUACAUAUAUCUGUACAUUUCCAAUACGGUGUCCGAUCCGGUGACCUGCAGCAGCAGCAGCAAGCGUCGACGCAUAACUGGCCUAAAAUAGUACGUAAAUAAACAAAUACCAAUAACCCUUACGAAUUUUACCCUCUUUGGUUCGAAAGCACACAGAAAAUUUUGAAUUUUCGAAUAGACUUUUUGUUUGAUGUACACAUUUCCAUAUGAAUUAGUUUCGAACGUUAUUAAGCGUAUAAAGCAUUAUUUAUUAAUUGUUAAAUACUGAAGUUAUUUUAAGGAAUUUCAAUCAAAAAACUCUUGUAUUACUCCACUUGUACAUACGUAGGCGUUCUAGCACCUCAGCAACUUGACGAGGCGUGGCUUAACUGUCACAGAACCAGCGUCCUCAUCAUUAUUAUUAUUAUUAUAAUCAUUAUCAUGUUACGAGAUGCCACAUCAACCGAUCUGUAUGAUAGGCUUUUCUGAGCUCUAAGCUUUCUCUUCAAGUGUUAAUAAAAAAAAAAUCGAAACGACUGAACCUAUAUGUAGACUUUUACUAAAAUGCUUACAAGUACACACAGCGUAAGGGUAAUACCAUCAUUGCCCUACGGCAAUAGUCUUAGCAGGAUUGAGCC